GCGUGUGUUAUGUGCGUGUGCCUGCCUCCUGAGUGUGUGAGACGAGCUGGGAUCAUGAGCCAGGGUUGUUCCAAGUGGUUUUAAUCAGCAGCCCAUUAGAGGAGAACGGAAAACUUCAAACAGGGUAAGAACCAAGUUGUUCCAGUACCUCCAUGGGAAGGUGUUCCCCAAACCUCUGCUCCUCUGGAACUCGUGACUUCUUAUCUGGCACCAGGAAAACACUCGCUCUAUUUUCCCAUAGAAAUGGGAAAAUUCAUGCUAGUUUUGGGUAAAGUGUGCCUCUGACUUUUUUUACCCUGGCAAGACGUGGCUACUUGGACUGCAUCUGCAAUGUGGCGAAGGGCAAAGUGAGGCCAUGGUUUGUGGGCAAGUCCCCAGAUGCCGCAGGCUUUGUCGCCCUCGUCCCUUCCUUCUGGCCUUAGUGGUGGCCCUCUGUCUGUUUUGCCAGACCCUGACUCCUCUCAUGACCAGCAGCAUCCUUUCAGCAGUUGUUAAUGGGAUUGCACCCAACAAACUGACUAAAACGCAGCAAGGAAGAUACAAGGAGGUCUCCCCAAGCACCAUUCACUGCUUCCUCCCUGGCAGCAAUUCAGAGACAGUGAAAAAGAUCGAUGCCUCCAUUCUCCAGUACUUUGGAAGCCACACGAGAAGAGCAGUUCUCUAUGCACCUCCUGCUCACCAUGAAACUGACCGUCAGCUCUGCCAGCGCAUCCUGACAAAACAUGGGUAUACAGUCACAGUCCUUGAAAACAGGAGACUGGUGGGAGAUCUGAGGCACGAGGGCCCUUAUCACAGUGGUAUGAACCCUUGGGAUCUUUUCAUCUGCUUAUCUUCCAGAAAAAAUGGUGGUACAGGCUGCUUUCAAACAGAAGAUUUGCGUAAUCUAGAACUUUUCCAGAAGGUAAACCUACUUCCAGAAAUCCAGCAUUUUCUUUGCAGAAAAGAGGGAUUAUGCCAGAUAACAAAAGCCUUUUCAGACCUGCAGCUCCCACUUGUCACCCCAGACUGUUCUGGUCAGCCUGGACUGUCAAGGGCCAGCACCACAAGAAAUGUGUCCCAGGGCAGCGCAAUGACUGAGCAGGCACGUGCCUUCCAUCUGCAGCACUGGUGGAAGCAGAGCAUGAGCACAAAGCUGAAUCAAGUAUCAACUACAUCAGACCACAAGAACAUCCUUAAAGCUCAAGACUUUUCUGUAAUCAUCAAAGCAUAUGUGCUUGUGACAUCCUUAACACCUCUACGGGCAUUCAUCCAUUCAACCACCACUGUCUGGCAUCCACCCAAGAAGAAACAUUUUACCCUAAAGCUGCAAAGGUUUUUUGAGAUAUUCUUCAGAAACAGUUCUCCCCAACAGGCCUUCAACAACAUGAAGGAGGCUAUAAACAAACUUCUGCUUAUAAGUGAGGUCUUCAGCAAAUCAUCUGCCUCAGGACAAAAUUCUUUCAAUAAAUGCAGCCAAUGUUUUCAAAUGCUAACCUUUGACAUUGGAUUUGGCAUGUCCAUACACCCAGUAGUUCUUAAGGUGCAUGAAAAUUUUGACUUUGAAAUUGAGAAUGAAUUGACUAUUCAGGACCAAAUUUCCAAAGAACUUCUAUUUGAAGAUACAUUUAAAUUUCUGUUGUCUAAUGAAUCCUCAACAUCCAGCUUCAUAGAAGCUUUGCAAAAAAUAUAUGGAUCAUCUGUAAACAAGGACAGAACAUACAACAAAGAAGAUGAGCAAUGUUUCUCUUUGGAAGACAUAAAUUCAGUGAUUACUUUCAUAAGGGAGCUGAAGAGUCUUGGACAAUUUGAGCUGCUUUUCCCUUCUUCUGCGCCCAAGAUCCAGAUGUUGCUGCGCGACCUUUAUCGAAUGGUAGACCCAACGAGGCAGCCUAGUUCAGUCCUGACUCUGCAUUGGUUGCUUUCCAAUGUCCUUCAACAGUUCCAGUUCAUGAAUAAAGAGGCACAUACAAACCUUUCAGAGUGGCAACUUUCUCAAGAAAAUAUGAAUCCUAAGCAGAAUGUUCCUUCUGACUUCAGGAAGAAUCAUGAAGCAUUGCAUAAUCCCAAUAAGACUGGAGAAAGACAAUGCAGUUAUGAUAAAGAUACCCUAUCUCAUAUCAGACAGAUCUUCACCAGUCCUCAGCUGGACUUGAAUCCUCAGUUUAACCCAAGGAUCAGAGAAUACUAUGCAGAAGUACCGUUUGACAUGGUGACAGUGAAGAUAGGAGCAGAGCCCUCUAACUGCCAAUGCCACGUACACCUUGAUGACAAGAAAGGGCCAAGCAUUGCUAACUACCCCCUUGGCCUUGGACUGAACAAAGUCAUCAUUGUCUUAACGGAUGAUUCGCAGCCCAGCCCUGAGGUUGUGAGCAGCUACAAAGUCACGAUUUAUCGAGAAGACCGCCCUAGUCUCCCUUUGUUUGAUGACUAUAUGAUGUGUGGCUUUGUGCAGGACUGUGGUUCCAAAAUUCGCCCAGAAGAGUCCUGUGGCUUGCAGCCUCUCUCUCAUGAAUACCUCUCAGCAAUUUCACAGACAAUGCUUAAUACCUGUGAAGCUGGAGACACAAAAGGGCAAUGGAUUGUCCCUUGCCUCAGCUGCUCUGACAACAGGACCUGUGACUGGAGAGAAAUAACCUGGCAGCCCCACGGCUGCCGAUACUCUGUGCUGGCCAAGCCCGAGCUCCAGCGCUGCGUGGAGGGCAGAAGGAUUCUUUUUAUAGGUGACUCAACUAACAGAGGCAUGAUGUAUUAUCUAAUUGAAAGAGUGAAUAAGACUCUUCAGGAAUGGCAGAAGACUCAUGAUGUUAAAUGCUAUCACAAUAUCAAUGAGGGGAAAACAUUUAUCAGUUACUCCUACUACCCCCAGUUCUGGAUGAAUGCAAACCAGAGACCAACUUUUGAAAAAGCACUAGAACAGCUGCUGCGGAGAUCACGUCCCCUGGAGAACACAGACCAGACCGUAUUAAUUGUAGGUGGUGUUCAGUGGCUUAAUUCCAAUCAUCUACAAAUUAUCCAAAAGGUGUUGAACAGGGAAAAUCUAUCAAAUAUCCUGGUAAUUGUCAAAUCCAUAGGGAUGGGCUUUCACCUUCCAGUGGAUGGAAUCCAUUCUCUAUCACAGGCAGAAGUGCAAAACUUGUGGAAUGAAAACUUGAUUAUUCUGGAUACAGCAAAAAAUUUGGGCUAUGAAGUGGUUGACACUUUUGUCAUCACCAUGGGACGUUACAAAGAAUUCCUGCGAGGGAAGUGCGGCUGCCAUUUCCAUGAGGUGGUGAAAUCCAAUCCCUCUGAAGAAAGGCCACACAUAACAAUGACGUUAUCGAGGCACUAUACGCUGGGGAAAUAUUUCGGCAGUCAAAGCAAACCACCACAACUGCAGGACUAUGCAGCAAAUUCUCAGUCCCCGUAUCAUGUCCGAGGUCCAAUAAAUCAAGUGUAUUCUGAAAUCCUUCUCAGCAGGCUCUGUGCAAGAAAGAGGCAUUUUGUCAGCACAUAGCCUCUCUUGGAUAUAGCACCGAGACUAGAGAGGUGCCACUGCCUGAGGGACAGUUGAAGGACCACGGUGGAUUUAUGAUAUGCUUCCUUGAUCGACUGCAUGCACACAAAGAGAGCUUGGGACACGUGGCAUUUUUCCAAAAACCUUAUGAAAUUAAGAUAUGCCCUGGUGACUCUGUUGUGUAAAAAUGGAAGAUAGAGGCUCGCAAAGGAGAGAAGAAGGGAAGUUACUUGAACUGUUUCCAAAGACUAGAACAGCUGUAGUUCAAGCAAGUGUGUAUUAAUGAUAGUAAAAAGAGACCUAUAUAUUCACUUGAACAUUUGGAAAGGGCUGCUUUAGGUCUUCAGCACUAUCUAGUUUUCUAUUUAUAGAGACACUGUAAUAUUUGAAUGUAUUUAGAAACUGACUACAUUCCGUUUGAAAGAGUUUUAUUUAAUGUGGACAGGUUUCCCUUCCAUAUCAAACAUUUUCUCUCUAGACACUUGGUUUAUAAAAUUUGAAAAUGUCUAUUAGCAUUUUACUGGUGAUGCUGAGUUUUGAACUCUAGGUUUUUUAGUGAAAACACAUCUCUUCUUUGUAUCUUAAAUGAAACAUACUUUUUUGCAUGUUCUGAAGCUAAUAGGGAGAUAGGUUACCUACACUUGAGAUUGAUUGUAACUGUCUCAAUGUAAAAUGUAAAUAUAGAGAAUUUGUUAACAUAAAUUUAUUUUUGGUCCCAGUUUAGGACGGUGUCCAUAUGCAGGAAGAACGCUUAGGUAAGUGCUUCAGUGUCUACCUUGGCCUGUAAGCCAAUCAAGUAUUCUUCCUGCAUGGAAGGAAUGCAUUUCUUUAAUGAUUUUUUAUAAAAUACUUUCCAAUGUGUGAAGCCAACACCACAAACAUAACAAAAAUCCCACUUGCAAGCGCACAUAAGGAUUUCAGGAUCUGGUAAUUUAUCUAUCAUAAGAAGUAUGUGAUGUGAUGGCAGCAGAAUAUACUGCCAGCAUCUCUUGCUUGGCAUGGACAAGACCUUCUCUGAACUGCAGUUUCAUGCUGCAGCCCAGCUCCAUCCCCAGUGUUUGCAGACCUUCUGUGGGUGACACCCCAGGGAGAAGCUGUGUGUUGGUCCCACAGCACUGGCAGCCCCCUCAUU